AAAUAAGGGAAUAAUAACUACUGGGCUAAACCCUUCCUGAACCUUGUAGUUGACAUGAAAGCAAAUCUUCUUCCAAGAGCUAUGGCAUCUAGCUCUGUCUCCACCAGAAAUCUUAUUCUUCUCCUCCGCAGAAAACCCAAAGCGUCUCCUUUGAUCUUCUUCAGUCGCCAGUAUUCAGCUUCCUUCUCCUCUCACAUUGUUGGGGACUCACCAAUUCUUGUUAGAGAUUUCAUUCACAAGGCUUUGUAUGAUCCGAAGCAUGGGUAUUUCUCUCAGAGGUCGGAAUCAGUUGGGGUUCUUGAUAAAAGCAUUAAAUUUAAUCAACUUGAAGGCAGGAAAGCUUAUACAAAGCAUUUGAAUAGAAUAUACAAGCAAAGUGGUGUUUCAUGGUUUACACCCGUGGAACUCUUUAAGGUAGACUUAUGUGAACCUUUCUUUCGUAGCCUUGGUAUGGUCAUGGAAUUGCAGAAGCUAUUUUACGAACAGCUGACCUAUCAACUCCAUUAAAUAUAUUCGAAAUAGGAGGAGGAUCAGGCACCUGUGCCAAGGGAGUUUUGGACUACAUGAAGUUGAAUGCACCUUCAAGAGUUUAUGAGCAUAUGAAGUACACUUCAGUUGAAAUUAGCACAGCGCUGGCUGCAAAGCAGAUUGAAACUGUUGGUGGAGUUAGUAGCCAUGCAUCCAAGUUUAAAGUAGAGUGUCGUGAUGCUGCUGACUGGAGUGGAUGGGGUGAAGUGAACAAUCAACCUUGUUGGGUUAUCAUGCUUGAGGUCCUUGACAAUCUUCCGCAUGAUCUUAUCUAUUCUGUAAGCCAAGCAUCUCCAUGGAUGGAAGUUUGGGUCGAGAGGCAACCACAAAGGUCAGAACUGUCUGAGUUGUAUAGACCUCUUCAGGAUCCAUUAAUCACCAAUUGUAUGGAAAUCCUUGAUAUGGCGGGAAAUGGUUUGGAUAGUGCAAGCAAACUAAGUCUAAUGGCGAAAAGUGUUUGGUCCAAAGUGUUUCCCAGGCCCAGAAGAUGUUGGCUUCCCACUGGUUGUUUGAAACUACUAGAAGUCUUACACAGAGCUUUACCAAAGAUGUCUUUAAUUGCUUCCGAUUUCAGCUAUCUCCCUGAUGUUAGAAUUCCCGGUGAUCGGGCUCCACUGGUUUCAACAAAGAGAGAUGGAAGCAGUUCAGAUUAUGACAAUUAUUUGGAAGCAAAGGGGGAUGCUGAUAUAUUUUUUCCAACGGAUUUUUGGCUUUUGGAACGGAUAGACCAUUAUUGCUCCGGAUGGAAGAUGAUGCAGCAACAAGACAAAUCAGCCAAGAAAGGGAAGAAAAGACGUACCAUUAUGCUUGACACAUCGGCUUUCAUGGAAGAAUUCAGUCUUCCCUCGAAGACAAGAACUAAAGACGGGUACAACCCUCUAUUAGAUGACUUCAAGAACACUAAAUUUUACCUUAGUGUACCUACACACAAUAUCAAGUAGACUUGCUGACUAAUCUAUCAAGAUUUUGAGCCUCUAAUUCUUGAGGAUUGUUAUGGUUGAGAUGUAUUUUGUUAUCUCCCUUGCGAAUGGUUGUAUGAUUGAGAUAUACGAUGUUCAAACUUUGUUCCUUCAAAGAUAAUAACAAUAAUAUUGUUAACACUUUACAAUGACCCCUGGCCAUUUAUGUCAUUAACCCCUUUCCCCGUUU